CUCAUCGCGCCACCUAGGUUGGCACACACAUUAUUCUCUUUUCAUGAAACGCCGUAAAGAUAAAAAUCGCAACCGUCAAGUGUUUCGAUUUAUAUUAUACAUAUGUAAUAGCACGGUAGAGGUAACACACGGACGUCGAUCUUUUAGUGUAGAAUGUCCCAAAUUACGGUUACAUCAAGUGGGAUGGAACGCAGCAUACAUGAGAUGUUAAAGGAUGCGCCUUCCUUGAAUGAGAGUGACAGUGCUGUACAUACCGGGACUCCUCCACCUCAUGUACCAAACAACUGUAGCAGCGAUAGUCACCCGAGACCAGCCACUAUAAAUUUGAGCUUAGGAAGUCCUACAAAUCAGACUUAUAUCUGUCUUUUUUCAGCUAUGACAGUUUCCCCAAGUACACCUAUUCAAAAUGGUGAUACACAAACUAUGCGCACUACUCAAAGCAAAAUUGAGAGUCUAAAGAAUUGGAGUAUUUCUACAUAUAAAUGCACCAAACAGUUAAUGUAUGAGAGAUUAGGAAAAACAUCUCGUACUAUAGAUUUUGAACUUGAGACUCAGAUUGAAUUGCUUAGAGAUACUCAGAGAAAAUAUUGUAACGUUCUGCGAUUAUCACGAGCUUUGGCAUCACACUUUCAUCAUGUUGUUCAGACACAACAUGCCCUUGGAGAGGCGUUUUCUGAAUUAGCACAGAAAUCUCCUGAGCUCCAAGAAGAGUUUCUAUAUAAUUCGGAAACGCAGAGAAAUUUAACUAAAAAUGGUGAAACACUUUUAGGGGCCUUAAAUUUCUUUGUUUCUUCAGUGAAUACCUUGUGUAAUAAAACAAUCGAAGACACUCUACUCACAGUGAGACAAUAUGAAACUGCAAGGAUAGAGUAUGAUGCAUAUAGAACAGAUCUAGAGGCUCUUGUGCAAGCUACAAAAUCAGAUGGCAGUAAUGCAGCAAGAUUAGAAGAGGCACAGGCUAAUUAUGAAGGACACAAACAGAAUUUCGAAAAAUUGCGCUCAGACGUUUCUAUCAAAUUGAAGUUUUUAGAUGAAAACCGGAUUAAAGUGAUGCACAAACAAUUAUUGUUAUUCCAUAAUGCUAUAUCUGCAUACUUCUCGGGGAAUCAAACUGCAUUGGAGGCAACUCUCAAACAAUUCAACAUCAAGGUGAAAUCACCAAAUUCCACCUUGCCCUCAUGGUUGGAACAGUAGUUGAAUUAAAGUGAACAUCUCUCUCUUCUCCUGCCGCGAAGGAUGUGACUGUACAAGCGCGUUCGCCCACUGAAUUAUUCUGUUGUGAAAUACAGAAAGUAAAGGUAGAACAGUUAUCAAAACCACUCAACAAUUCGCCGGUACGUAUUGAAAGCUGCCGUUUAGUCUGAUAAUUUAAAUAAUGUAGAGUGAAAAAAAUCGAGAUUUAUGAUGUGUAUAAACAGACUGAAUCCCCAAAAGUUAUGGUGUAAUAUCUUAAUCAUUAUAUAUUGAUCAUUAUAUACAUAUACAUACAUGUAUAUAUACA